UUGGGAUCCGCAGCAGUCAUAGAGUCCUCUAUAUAGCAGUGUGUGCUAGUUUGGCUUCAGCAUUGUUCUUCCUACCUGUUGUGUGGACUCUGCCUCAGGAUCUGUUCCUUUGUUUUUCCCCACAGCCUGCAGGAUGUCCUGACUGGUCCCUCAUCCCGAGCUCAGGAGUUGUCCCCUCCUGGGCUCUAGACCAUGAAAGCGGAGAGAGAAAGUGAGCUGAGCUGGAGCCUGCUCCUUGCAACUGGCCUGAGUGAAAGCCACCGUCUCCCUGCGUGGAAGAGAGCCAGAUCCACUAUUGGGGUACAAGGCAGAUGCCCCAUGGCAUGGAGCUGAGAGCUGGCAGAAAGUGACUAAGUGACUAGCUUCUUAGAACCGUGGUACCGAGCUCUACUCGUAUUCUAGAACACUUCUCCAGGAUAGUGUCCGGACAUGGCAGCGCGGUGUCCGCUGUGAGUGCAGCAAGAAACUUGGACCCCGAGUAUGGGGCCCCUGGUCCCACUGCUGCUGGGGGCCCUGAUUUGGGUCUGUGUCUGGACAGAUGACCCCAGCAAAGUGAUAUCAGACCGGUAUGCAGUCUACUGGAACAAGAGUAACCCCAGGUUUCAUCAUGGUGACUACACUGUGGAUGUGAGUAUCAAUGAUUACCUGGAUAUUUACUGCCCCCAUUACGAGAUUACACUCCCAGCAGAUAGAAUGGAGCGCUAUAUACUCUAUAUGGUCAAUUAUGAUAGCUAUGCCUCCUGUGACCAUCGUCCGAAAGGUACCAAAAGAUGGGAGUGCAACCGGCCAGAUUCUCCUAAUGGACCAUUGAAGUUUUCAGAGAAAUUCCAGCUGUUUACGCCUUUCUCUCUGGGGUUCGAGUUUCGUCCUGGACAUGAGUAUUAUUAUAUUUCAUCCACCCCUCCAAACUCGGUGGAUAAACCUUGCCUCAGGCUGAAAGUUUACGUACGUCCAACAAAUGAUUCUCUUUAUGAGUCUCCGGAGCCUAUCUUCACCAGCAAUAAUUCGGGCCUUAGUCUCAGGGUCCCCCACUCCAGCCUUGGUUUUCUUCUGUUUUGGACUAUCAUUGUAUUGUAGCUGUUUGAUGGCAAUUAGCAAAACAUCAGCACAGAAAAGAGGGAGAAAAUAGGAGCAGAGCGGCACCUGGAAAUCUGGAACAUGUGUAUGAGACACAAACAGGAAAGAAGUGAAUUUCCCCUCAUGAGAACAGUGUGAACAAUCUGGACUUCUGCUGACAUUUAAAUGAGGGCAAAACUUUGCUGAUUAAAUUGGGGCCACAAGUGCAGGCUUGCUGGAGUUUGGAGCUUUCCAGUAACUUGCUUUUUACAUUUUCAGACCAAAUGUAUAGUCUUUUUAUUUUGUAUUCUCAGUAUGUUUCCUGCAUUUGCACCAGUAGAACAACAUAAUUGUGGAGAUUCUUUUCCAAUAUGUAUGUAAUGGGUUUCGACUCGCUCUGACUAUUCUGUCAUCUGACACUUUCUUCCAUUCGCCUGUCAUGUUCCAUCCCAAUUUCUCUACAAAGAGGUUCAAUUCAUAUUGUGAAAUAUUUUGUAGAUGUGUAAGGUAAGGUGCAAAUAUGGAGGGACCAAGAUUGGUUAUCAUGCCUUUGUCUCAAAGACUACAUAAGGCAGCCAAAAGACCGAUUGUUUGUCUUCUGUAAUAGCUUUCUAGUGCUUCUUUCACUUGGACAGAAAAUCACACCUCAGACCCUUAUAAUGUCAAUUUCCCUUGUAACAGUUCAGUUCUCUAUCAUUCUGUUCUUCGCUGUAACAUCAGCGAACAGCUAGUGCUAAAUAAUUAACCUUCCUCUGUGAAUCAGUUUAUUAAGCUCUUAAUCGAUGAAAUGUGGCAUGUGAAGAUUAUUGAUGCAGACAUCAGAGUAUCGCCUCCUCACUGUAGAGUAUUUGUUCACAAGACCCUGUAUACAAUUGCAAGGAUAUUGACAUCAGUAUUGUAACUGAAGAUUCGCAAAGCAUUCUGUAAUUCUGGAACAUAAGUACUUUUUACAACCAGAUUACAGUACAUUUUGGGAACACAGCAAUUGCCUAUUCUAGAAAGGGUGUCUUGUAUAUUAUGUUUAAUUCAUUGCCAUCAGAUGUGAGUGGAUGAGCAAUAGCAGUGACAGCAGUAUAUACAGCCUUUACACUUGGACCUAUAUAUAUAUAUAAAUAUAUAUAUAUAUAUAUAUAUACAUAUAUAAAUAUUUUUUAAGUUAAAAAUAAAUUAGAUAAAGAAGUAACAUAAAAGUUUAUAUAAAAGUGAGAAAUGCUGAAAAACUCUAUUUCAUUUUCAAGGAACAGAGAAAUUUUGUGCCAAUAUCUUACUGAUUUCCAAAAAGAAACCUAAUAGAAAACCAUUCAUGGUGCUGUAAAAAACAUAAAUACAAAUAGACAUGGCUGCCUCUUAAGGAUAGUUAAAAGAACAUUGAGGGAAUCAAAGUGUCUGGACUCAGCAGUUACAUGGUUAGGACCUUUAUGGCUGUAAAGUACAUGUACAAUGCCUCCGCUUUUAGGUGGUGGUACGUUAGCAAAAAUUUCUAACUUGCACUUAAGCUCUAUGUGCUGGUCUGUCUUCUCCUCCAGUCUUCUUUACUCCGUCAACUUUUUAAUACAGCAAAAAAUAAAACGUGGUGUUGUUUCUCAAGCUCCUAUGCUCCCGUGGCAAAUAAAAACCUAUACUUUGUUUUAUUCUCCAUAUGUGAUUCUCCCAUCUCAUCACUCAGUAUCUGUCUGCCUGCUAUAGGUGCAAGUCUCAGACACUUCAUCCAUGUGUGUAAAUAGAGCCAGCAGGUAUACUGUGAUUUUCUAUGUAUUGCUGACAAUGAAUUUUAUGGAAGUUGUAUGAUUUAUAGACUAGGAAGCAAAAACUUGCAAUAAAAUACAUUUUAUCCAC